AUGGAGGCGCUUGUGCACAACUGCCCCGCCAGCGAAGAUGGCGAAGGCGCGCUGCUGGCCUGGACAUCCGACUGGCUGACGUUCGACCGCGACACCGACCCCUGUGCAAUACUCGCCUUCUCUGGGGAGGUGCGCGCUCUGCAUCCGCGCCGUAUGGGCUCCACUUUGGCCGAUGUCCUUGUCGCGUUGUACGCGUACGUCGUGCGCCAUGGAGGCCGUGUCAGCGGCGGCCGCUCGGUGGCAGCGACUGAUAAGACGGGCGGAAGAACAACACUGGGCACCGCUGCUGGCUCACUUCACAGUCUGGGUCGCGACGUGGAAGACGGUUGGUGGGUCGUGCUCGUCGACCUUGCCCAGUUUCUCUUCUCCUGUUGGGAUCUGCUGUUGGUCGGCUUGCCGACGCCUUUGUCGCAACAGGUGCCGCCGUUGCACACCAACAUGGCGAUUCUAACUUCCCACGAGGCUUCGUUACAGUGCCGUAGUGCUGUUUGUGACUGCUCACCCGCUGGCCCGUUGUCAUCGCUGAUUUUGCUUGGGGAAACGGGCGACGGCGUGCCUGAGGAGGACGCACGGCAGUGCUGCUACUGGGAAGGAGAGGAGAAGGAGCCUGUGCAGCGCUCCGGGUCUCACGAGAGCGUCGCUCAGGUGACCGCCGAGUCCGUGCACGACGUAGUUCGCCGAGUUAUAAGUGAGAUUUUCUCUGUCGCCGACGACGACGCAGCUACCAUUGAGGCAGGUCACAGCGGCGGCCCGCUCCGGAGCCCCGCUGCCGCCGCCACAUUUCUGAAGCUGGUGCAAGCCUCUCCCCUGCUCCGGCGGCUUGUAUGCUCUUCUCCACUUCUCAUCCGCUCCCUUGCGCGGUACCUCCUACCACGGCUCGUUUCGCUGCAUCACCGUCAGCAACAGCAGCAGCUCCAUCAUCACGCCCCCGGUGAGCUAGGGGGAAAAAGUGCAGUGGCUGCCACCGCCAUCGAAGCACUGCUUUCCACGCUAUACGCCGUCUCCUCAUCUGCAGCCUUGUCUACAUCGAUGUGGUCUGCGCAGCCGCUGCUAGUCGUCGCGUCGCAGCUGUCGUGCCGCUGCCGCUCUUCGGACUGUGAGAUGUCACCGGCAUCCUCGCUUGCUGACAGCGACGGCGCCACGCUGCUCAAAACCCUGUGCGCGGUGCUGCAGUCUUGUUGUGGGGCAUACCCGUCCCCGUUGCGCCUACAGACCUUGCGGCUUUUGCACCUGCUGAGCUCUUCACCCACGACGCGGCACGCGCUCUUCUCCUCGUGCCACCGCGAUGAAGUGCCAAGCAUGUUUUCGAUGCACGAGGAGAAGCCAGAACCAGAAGAUGCAGCAGCUGCUGCCGCGGCCGUGUCGAGCUCUCAGAGGCGGAGUGUGCUGGAUGUUGCACCGCACCUGCUGCCGCUAUUGCUCAGCGGCGAGGGCGAGGAAGAAUCGGUCCAGCUCAGCUGCAGCACGCUGCAGCUGAUACUCCUCCACGUUCAGUCUCCACGUCUUUAUGCGCCACUCUCCGACCAUCACAACAACACUGCCCACACCACAACCACGGCAGCAGCUGGUGUGACCGCCACCUUCACCGAAGACGGUAUCGUCGGGACCGCAGAUGACGUGUCGGGCAUCAAGGCGGCAGCUCACCUCGCGCACCACAUAAAAGACUACGCGAUGCAGGCGCUCUACUCCUGCACGUGCAAGACCGGGUACGCCUUGGUUGGGCUGCUGGACAGUGCGGCGUGUGUUGUAACUGGCGCACGUGCGCUGCUGCAAUGUGCGAGCAUUGGAGCAGAGGCAUCUGCCCAGUAUGACGAUGCAGCAGUGCGAUGGGAACAGCGGCAGGACUGGCGCAUCAUCUUCCAUGUCGCAGAGGUGGACAUGGCGCUCUUCGGCGUGCUUCUCCAAGGGACCGCUCUGCACGAUGCACUUGCCCAGUGCAACGGCGCCUGCGUCGGUGACGACGGCAGCGAAACCCGACUUGUCUGGGAUGAGGUUGCAAGCAGCAUCGUCGCUGUCGCGUCGCAGGAGCGCGGCGCGCAACUGUCCCUCUACAGCUUCCUGCGCUGCCUGGACGCGCUUGCUGCCGGGAUGCGGGGCAAUGUGCAGGCUCUCUGGUCCAACCGUCUGCGCCAGCUGGCGCACGAACUACUUGAGCGUGUGGACGGCCAUGUGCAAGACGCGAGGUGGCGGCCAGCCGACAGCGCAGCCGCGAUGAGGACGUUUUCGGCUUUGGUGAUGGUUGGUGCGCUCCAUUGCAACUCCAAUGACGGGUCCCUGGCCACCACGGCUGCGCCCCACGUUCGCGACGCGGCGGACACGCUCCUUCUACGGCGAAUGGUGGACCCUCAGACACUGCAUCUUCUGACGCGGGUGACAGCAGCCUACCUACCGGCUUUGUGUGAUCUCCUCCUCCCCCUAGGUGUGCAGCUACUCGACGAUGCUGCGUGCACAGGCGAACUCAUCGCGAUUCACUGCCCGGUGCCUAGCGGUUACCCCACAGUGACGUCGGCGUCCGUGGAGGAGAGUCGCUGUCUGCUCCGCAUUGCAACGCUUCUCAUGCGCAAUCAGCGUGAGAGCUGGGCAACCCCGACGCCGACAUUCACGUCCAAGGAAGGUCGCACGCGGCGUGCAAGUGACGACCACAGUCCCGCUGGCCAAAAGCCCACCAUCCCACCCUACCCUAUGCGAGGACAGCCCCACAUGUCGUCGUACACCUCCUGCGGCACAGGACGCUCAAAUGGCGGCGCCGACAGGGCCGGGCUGUUAGAUGUACUGCUUGGCUUCUAUCCGGAGGCGCCGGAGCUGUUAGCGGCGCGGACGGAGCUCAUCCACGCUGUGGCACGAGGCCCCGGCGCUGCCGAUGCACAACCGGAGCUCCUCGUUGCCCGUGCCUCCGCGUUCGUGGGCGCUGCGUCACUGACUGAGGUAGCGAUGUGCGCGAGUGACCUCCAGGCCUCGCUUUUGCUGAGUCUGGCAACGCUCGGGUGUCGUCCGUGCGUCGGACGACAAGAGCUGCGUGCCAUGCUGGAGGGCCAGUGCCGAGUGUUGUGCAGCCGUCUACAGCAAGCAGGCUUCAGCGACUCCACUCGAGCGCCAGUUGCAUUAUGGUCAGCUGAGGCGGCAGAGGAGGAGGGUGAUGUUCUCGGCCCGGCAAUCUCGGAGACAGCAUCCGGCCGCGACGGCGACGACGACGCGGGCCUGCUGCUCGACACACUGCAGGAAGUGUUCAUCCUAUUUGUUGUGCGCAUGUUAUGGCACGGCGGUGCGGAGUCGGGUCCUUCUCAGCCGUUGCCAUCACCGUCGUCGCAGGCGUCUACCACCGAUGCCGCGGCCGAUCGUUUUUUCUCUGAGGCACACGCGCACGCGCUCAUGAUGUGCGUGGAGGAUAGUGUGGGGUUGCGGGAAGGUGUGCGCCAGCUCCUCUUCGACCUUCACACGCAGUAUCGCGUGGACGUGCGUGGCUUCCUGACGCUUCUCCAAAGCGAGAAAGACGACGUGCCGCGACAGCGACCGCAGCAGGCACAGGCCCCGUCGUCCGCGCUCUUCGCCGCUGCCGUGUUGAGCGUGAUCCUUUACGAUGGAGACGAGCCCGGGCUCUCGACGGCACAAGCCGGUGCGGCAUCGCCGCUUGGUACGUAUAUGCACUCUCUUCGCUCAGUGCAUUGGCUCACCGACACCUCGUCACAGGAAGCAGGCGUGCCUUUCUCGGUCGGACUGCUCUUGAGGUCGGUAUUCCGUGUGGCACGAAGGGAGCUCCUGUCCCUCGAUGGCCUUCAGCACCCCCAAGAGCAGCCGGCGGAUGCAGCGCUGGCCACCACCGCCACAUUUCCCGCAGUCAUUGGAGGUCUGCACUUCGUCUGUGACGAGCUGGCAUUUCAGCAGCGCGGCUUGCAAGGCGGCACUUUGCCGGUGCGGCGCGUGGGAGAGGAACUCGCAGCCAGAGAGGACGUUCCGGUUUCGGCCCCCGACUCGUCACCAGGUGUGGCGCUUUCAAUUUGCGUGUUGCGUGAGCACCUCGUACCGCUUCUCCUCCGCACCAAUAGCAGCAGUGUGGCGCACCGCAAGAACCUGUCCAUGGCCGUCGCUGCCCUCCAGUACUCCACAGUGCUCCUGCGGCUGAUGUCUCUCGCGCUGUGGCCCCUCGCACCGGCGACGUGCACGUCAGUGGACGCAGUACUGACCGAGUAUGCCAUGAGCCGCGCUCGCCAGCUUCUAGCGCUCACAACAGCUGAACUGACGCGCGCUGACGGCGCCGCCCGCAAGCUUCUUUAUCCCCUUCUGCAGCUGCUGUACCUGCUGCUCAUGCGCGCGCACAAGGUCGAUGUGGUGCGCCGCUAUGGCACCGACUUGCUUUUCUUUGCCUUCAGAGCAAGACACGCUGCCAUAACACGCGCCCACCUGAUCGUCUUUGGAGAAGUGGAGCAGGGUGCUCUGACAGACUCUGAUGAAGACAGCGCGCAGGUCUGCGUCAUUGCGUCCAUUGUGUACAUCAUGGCUCAACAAAUUGCCGCCCCAAGGCGAAAAGGGGCGACGGGGGAUAAUGAGGUAAGGAGUGUCGAGGACGUUGCUCGUGCGGCCUCCGGCGGCGCCGCAGCAGUCGGCGGAGGGGGGCUAGAGCCACCGUCGCGGAAAGACAUGCCGUGGCAUGUGUGGGUCCCCGUCUUACGGUACUACUGGUGCUUUCGGACCGCCGUUAGCCGCACCGCCAACGACCAUGUCGUGCGUGAGCAACGGCGAAGCGUGCUGCGCAUACUGGUGUCCGGCGUGGAGUAUGUAAUUCGACUCUGUGGGGUUUCGCACCUGGCGUGCUGCAGCCACAGCGCAGCUCACGUUGGCAAAGACCCCGACCGAGAUGAGCGGCAAGCCGCAACUAUCUUGAUUGACUGGUGCACUGAGCUGAUCUUCACCUCUUGGAGGAGCGGCGACGAUUUCAAUGACGCGCACCCCAACGGCACAAUCGUUGCGGCGCGCCUGCUAUACCUUCUCUUCUACCGCUUUCGUGCGCUAGCUGCGAACUCUGUGUGGUUCAACGCCCUCGCCCUGAGCUGCAUGCGUCAGACAGCGCCGUCGCGGCUGCUACGGCUCCCACUGGCCGCUGAAGGGUGGCUGCUCGCCGCGAUCAUUCAAGUUCUGCCCUACGUGCAGCAUUCGCGCGCAUAUGGCAACUAUGUGAAGGGAAGCGCUGCCAAGUUCUUUGAGAAGCCGGAAAUUGCGGUGCGCGUAAAACUGUUGCCGCACCCUCCACCAAAGGAGGCGGCAACGGCAGGUGCAGCACGCCUUGUUGAUACUUCUGGCGGUUGGGCUGAUGUGUCGGCUGCGGAGCCCGAGCUCAGCUGCGUCCUUCGCAUUCUCGUGACGGCGUGUCGGCAAUACGAGUUGUCCCAGCACCGCUUGCGCAGCAGCAGCAGCAGCAGCAGCCUCGAGGUGAUCGUUCCGCUGGGCUUGCAGUUUGUGGAGGAGGCUCCUAUACGUGACUGCCCUUCUGUUCUGGAGUACGCCUUCCCCUACACAGUCCCCUUCACGACAACCGCGGCACCACCUCUCCUGCUCGUCUUUCGCUGCUUUGCCGACCAGAUCCACGCGUGA